UGACAUGAACUUUGAGUUUGAGCGCCAGCUGCUUGACGCGCUCGGCGAUUCCGUCUCGGUGGCUGACGAGACCAUCGGUUUCCGCUAUUUUGACGUGCGGGACCUGCUCGGCUUCGUCGAUGGCACGGCGAAUCCGGCAACCGCUACCCAGAUCAGCAAGGCUGUUCUCGUCGCGUCUGACGAUGGAGAUCCGGCGGACUUGGCUGCCACGGGGGCAGUGGGCGGGAGUUAUGUAGUUGUGCAGAAAUACGUGCACGACAUGAAGGCCUGGUGCAGUCUGUCGAGCGAAGCUCAAGAAGCCGUCAUUGGGCGCACGAAAUGGGACAAUGUCGAGCUGGCUGACGCGGACGACUCUAAGCAAAAAGCGCACAAGACGCUUGCCAACAUCACUGAUGACGACGGAACUGAACAUUCUAUCCUCCGCGAUAACAUGCCAUUUGGCUCGCCAGCUUCGGGCCAGUUCGGGACCUACUUCAUCGGCUACUCGCGCCACCUGUGGGUUAUUGAGCGCAUGUUGGAGCGCAUGUUUAUUGGCGAUCCUCCUGGUUUGCACGACCGCUUGCUCGACUACUCAUCCGCAUUGACCGGUUCUGUGUUUUUCGUCCCGAGUGCAACGACUCUUCAGGACUUGGAUAAGGACUGAUGCUAUGAUAAGGACAAUAUUUAAUUCGAAGUGGAGCAUAGGUAGCUGUAGCACGGUUUAAGUCCUGGAAGCACAUUAUAACGAGAAAAGAUACCAAUCACAGUGCUUGAAGCUGAUCACCCAGCAUCGGCACCCAUAUGUCAAAGCUGAAGACAGUCAAAAGCAGAUAUAUUCUAUUACUAAUACU